UUUAAACGUUAACGGUCUGGCUUCAGUUUCAUCACGGUCGCUCCGUGAACGGACAUAAUCGGUGAGUUGUCGAUAACGGAUUGGGAUUAUGGCUGAAAGUGACUGCGUUGAUACCUCUGACCGGUAUGAAUUUGAUGCACCGUCAAACGUUAUUGACUUGAAAGAGCUGGAGAAUGCUGAAAAUGAUGAUUCAUGGUUUGAUCAACAGGCCGGAGUAGGAGACGGUCACCUUCAGACACCGGGAGUCGACCGGCUCUUCAUGAGAGCCGAUAGUCACAACCUGCCUAGAGCCAUCGUCACUCCACUAAAGACGGAUGUGGACUCUGGUCCCAGUGAGUCCUCAGCUCAACCUUCAAACCUGGUCACAUCCUGGGGUGGUUCAUCUCCUCCUCGAAAUGGAGCCCGACCAAAAACAAGGACCUCGAAUCGACCCCCUGCCCAGCCAGUCAGGGUUUUAAAACGUAAAUCUAACGCUCCGGCUGCACCGCCAGAAAAGAAACAGAAGAAGAGCCCUGUAGCUCGACCUGUCCGAAGAAGUGCUAAUGCCCAGCGCAGGACCCUGCAGACAAACACCAGAAGAUCCAUCACCCGGGCAGCAGCUCCAACACCUGCAAACACUGAGCCAUGCAGUUCUGAAGAACAGGAGCUGGAGCGCAUCAGGAACCUGCAGAGGGAAGUUGCUCUGCAUCGCAAAAAGAAUGAGGCGAGCUACAAAGCUGCUCUGGCUGGAAAUCCACCACCAAAGAAAAUGGUCCUUUCAGCGACUGUGCCCAAAGAAUUCCACUUCAACACAAACACACGGUCAAAGACGACCACUUCAUCCAGCACCGCUCACAAGGAAGUGGACUUUGUGGCCCAGCUCCGCAAACCUUCAUCUCCAGCAAGGGCUCCAAGAGGUGCUACAGUGCCCAAACCCUUCAACCUGUCGACCGGCUCAAAGAGGAAGGUGGAUGAGCCGGCCGCUUACAUACCUAUGGCCGAGCAGAUAAUUCAGUUCCAGAAACGAACUCCUGAACGCUACCACCUACGCAGCCGCAAGAGUCACGCGAGAGGUCCAUCUCCAGUGAGGGGCGACCACCUGAAGCUCACCCAGCCUCACACCCCACACCUGAUGACCAAUCAGAGGAGCAGACCACCCACGGUGAAGAGCAGCGCUGAGCUGGAGGCAGAAGAGGUCGAGAAACUUAACAAGUUUAAGUUCAAGGCGCUGGAACUGAACAGGAAGAUUCUGGAUGGCGUUGAAGGUCUGAAGAAACCGACAGUGAAGGAACCAACCGUACCUGAAGGCUUUGAGCUGCAGAUUGAGAAAAGACUCCAGGAGAGACAAGCCACCAAACCUCAGGAGGAAGAAGAGAAGCCACACUCCUUUAAAUCCCAGCCCUUGCCUAAGAAGAUCCUGGAGGGAGUGGUGGGAUUACCAGAGAAGAAAGUUCUGCCUCCCACAGUGCCAGAGUCUCCAGCUUUUGCCCUAAAGAAGAGGAUUCCUGUGGAGCCAAAGGUCGAAGAAGUGAAACGGCCAUCACCAAUUAAGGCUCCCCCGGUGCCCCACUUUGGCCUCCCCUUCCAGCCUCGGCUCCAAGAGUAUCACCACGUGGAGGUGUGUCCUUUCUCCUUUGAGGAGAGGGAGCGAGAGAGAAGAGCCCUGAAGGAGAAGAAACUGGAGGAGAUGAGAAAUGAAGAGGUUCCACAGUUUAAGGCUCAGCCUCUACCAGACUUUGACAGUGUGAUCCUCCCAGAGAAGAAGAAGCUGGAGCCCACAAAACCUGAGCCGUUCAGACUUCGCCUGGACGAGCGAGGAGCUGUGAAGAGCAGCCGCUGGGAACAGAUGGUGAAGGAGGAGCAGAAACAGCAGCAGGAAGCAUCAGUAUUCAAAGCAAGGCCCAACACAGUCACUCACAAAGAGCCUUUCCAGCCUAAAAAGGAGAGCCGCAAUUUACCAGGCAUUUGCUCUUCCACAGUGACAGAGGCCUUCGAGCUGUCGACGGAGCGGAGGGCACGGGAGAGGCAGGAGUACGAGCGCCUGGCCAGCGAGAAGGAGGCUCUGCGGGCGCUGAUGGAGGAGGAGCAGAGACGAGAGGAGGAGCAGAGGGAGAAGGACGAGAUCGCCAGGCUGCGGCAAGAGCAGGUUCAUAAAGCUCAGCCCAUCAGACACUACAAACCCGUCGCUCUGAAGAAAAGUGAAGUUCCCCUCACAGUCCCACAAUCUCCAAACUUCUCAGACCGCUUCCGUUUGUGAUCCUCCUCCUAAAACCCCUUUAUAUUUACCACUUUAACUAUUUUUAUUUUUGCUUUUUAGACAGAACCCUGAAUUGUUCCACUUCUGUCGCUGUCGGUCAGACUCCUGGCUGUAAACUUGUAAAUAUUCGUGAAUUUGUACGGACUGAAGCUCUGUUUUUAUCUCCAUGUUCUGUUCUAGGCUUAGAUUUUAACCUCAUGCUGUAUAUUCUCUCUUCUUGCUUUUAAACUCGUCUUAAUAAACUGUUGUAAAGUAAA